UUAUCAAUUUUCCUUUUCAAUCCCCUAUAAAAUCCAGGCAUUUGUCACGCCUUCUACUUCCUCCCAACAUUGAGAAGAAAUAUAAUGGCAUCUGAGAAACCAGGCGUUGAGGUCGCAGACACCCAUGACGAAAUCUCUCAGGAGAAUUCUGAAGACCGAUCAACUACAGGACAGUCGACCCAAUUCCACCACUUCAGCAAGGCACUUGCACAUAGAGCAGUUUAUGGACAGAGCAGCCGCCGUGAUGGGAGCAAAAAGGUCAAGACCAGCGACGUUAGAACAUUGCCGAGCAGGCUGAGCAAGGUGUCCUUGGCUGAUGAUGCAGAUAAGUGAGAAGUGGUAUGAUGUUUUGUUCUACAUGUAUCUCUAAUAGAUAUUGUACAAUUCUGUUUUAAUGAAAUGAGGGGGGAAUU